AUGCGGGGCGUCCAGAUCUUCUCGGGCACCUCUCACCCGGGCCUGGCAGAGACCAUCUGCGAGCGCCUGGGUACGGUGCCCGCCAAGGCAGACCUGGGUAAGUUCGCCAACGGCGAGACCAGCGUCAACAUCGGGGUGUCGAUCCGCAACCAGGACGUAUAUAUCGUCCAGAGUGGAAGCGAGAAGAUCAAUGAUAGUGUGAUGGAGCUUCUGAUUAUGAUCUCGGCGUGCAAGGGCGGCUCGGCGAAGUCGAUUACUGCGGUCAUGCCGUACUUUCCUUACUCGCGCCAGUCGAAGAAGAAGAGUCAUCGCGGUGCCAUUACCGCCCGCAUGCUCGCCAACCUGUUGACUAUUGCUGGCGUGGACCAUGUGAUUACUAUGGAUCUCCAUGCAUCGCAGAUGCAAGGGUUUUUCGGCAAGCCCGUGGACAACCUCUUCGCCGAACCGUUUAUCGCUCGCUGGAUCCAGAUGAAUGUACCCGGAUGGCGAGAAGCGGUGGUUGUGAGCAAGAACGCCGGCGGAACAAAGCGAGUAACUUCGCUGGCCGAUACGCUGAAACUCAAUUUCGGGAUCGUGACGACCGACCGCAGGCGACCGAAGGUGAAUACCAUGACGGAUAGUACGGUCUUCUUCGAUGCAGUGGACCAGGAUUCCCGCGUGCCGAAGGACCAACAGCCGUUUGAGUUGCACUUGCACAGCGCCGAGACGACGCCUCCCACUGCCAAUGCUGCACGGGCGCUGUUGCGUCCGGAGACUCCCCCUGCAGCUCGCCGUCCAUCGGAACUGGAGGCGGCAGAUGAGUAUACGGAUGUGCGGGCGCGGGACGUCAUCACGGGCCGUUUAGUGCAGGGCCACUUGGUCGAUGAUGACUAUCAUGCCGAGUCGGAGCCCGGGUCUGGCGGCACGACGCCUGGAGCAGGUACCUCUGGCGAGAACACGGAAGUGGUGCCGGAAACCAUGUUCAACUCAAUGAUAUCCAAUUCCUCCUCGCUGCCACCGGACCACGCCCUGGGCGGAUCCUUCGAUGCCGCAGAGUCGGACGAUGAGGGCAGCGUGGUUGGCAACGACCACCACGAGAAGACCAUUACCCUGGUUGGCGAGGUGCGCGAUCGGACAGUGUUUCUUGUCGACGACAUGAUUGACAAGAGCGGGUCGUGGAUCGCCGCCGCCGAAACGGUAGUCAAGCGCGGCGGCGCCCGCAGAGUCUACUGCAUUGCCACGCAUGGCCUCUUUGGAGCCGACUCGCUCGACCAAAUGGAGGCGUGCCCAUCUAUUGAUUAUAUUGUUGUGACCAACACCUUCCCGAUCUCGCCGGCGAUGCUUCGGCGGUCAAAGAAAUUGAUUGUCAUCGAUGUCUCGUCCUUGCUGGCCGAGAGCAUUCGGCGGCAUCACUAUGGCGAAAGCGUCUCGGCUCUUUUCCACCUUAAUGAUUGA